ACUCCAAAGCUGUCAACUCAUUUAUUAAUCUAGUCAAUCAGUUUCAAAACUGUACGUGCCGGCCUCUUCUAUACUAUUUCUUGUAGUAUUAUUAUUAUUAUUAUUUUCUCUAUACACAAACGUGAAUCCCUCUCACUAUUAUUCUUUUUCUUCUUCAUCAAUAUCUCUAAUAUCAACAUUUUCUAGUUUUUAUUUUGUUGGUAAAAAUGGCUACUAGUGGUAGACCAUCGUCUUCACAUAGGUCAGAAAGGUUACCUCCACAUGCUUCUGCAAGAAAUGGAGUUGCUGCUAAUAUUAGUGUAAAUAGCCAACAACAACAGCAGCAGCAGCAAUCACAAAAUUCGCGUGGGAAAAUUGUAUCAGCUAAUUCAAGGCGUUCUGUUACACCUACUUCAAGAACUCGUUCCCCACGUCAUGAAAAUGAUCCAGAACCUGGAAGAGUCAGAGUUACCAUCAGAGUUCGACCAAGAAAUGUUGAGGAGCUUUCAGAUGCUGAUUAUGCGGAUUGCGUUGAAGUGCAGCCUGAGCUCAAGAAGUUAAAGUUGAGAAAAAACAACUGGAAUUCUGAGUUUUACAAGUUUGAUGAAGUUUUUGCUGAAAGUGCAUCACAAAAGCGAAUAUAUGAGACAGUUGCAAAGCCUGUAGUUGAGAGCGUGUUGAAUGGGUAUAAUGGGACAGUUAUGGCUUAUGGUCAAACAGGUACUGGCAAGACUUAUACACUGGGUAGAUUGGGUAAAGAUGAUGUAUCAGAGCGUGGUAUCAUGGUUAGAGCUUUGGAGGACAUUAUUGUCAAUACAACCCCCACAUCUGAUAGUGUGGAAAUGUCCUUUUUACAGUUGUACAUGGAGUCUAUCCAAGAUUUGCUUGCUCCUGAAAAGAUAAAUAUUCCAAUUGUCGAAGAUGCUAAGACUGGAGAAGUGUCCGUCCCUGGUGCUACAGUGGUUAAGAUUCAGGAUCUUGACCAUUUCUUGCAACUACUGCAAAUUGGAGAAGCCAACCGUCUUGCAGCAAAUACUAAGUUAAAUACUGAAUCAUCACGUAGCCAUGCAAUCCUUAUGGUUAACAUCCGUAAAUCUGUUAAAAAUGAUGAAGAAACUGGCUCAUCUUUUCAAGAGAACGACAGCAAAACUGAUAGACAUGGCAAUCAGAUACCUAUUGUUCGUAAAAGCAAGCUACUAAUAGUUGAUCUUGCAGGAUCAGAACGAAUAGACAAAUCAGGGAGUGAAGGUCGCUUGUUGGAAGAGGCUAAGUUCAUUAAUCUGUCUCUUACUUCUCUGGGAAAGUGUAUAAAUGCACUGGCUGAGAACAGUCCUCAUAUACCUACAAGAGAUUCUAAACUAACACGACUUCUUCGUGAUUCAUUUGGAGGUUCUGCACGAACUUCACUCAUAAUAACCAUUGGACCAUCUUCUCGACAUUAUCCAGAGACCACAAGCACAAUAAUGUUUGGACAACGGGCCAUGAAGAUAGUUAACACAGUGAAGUUGAGAGAAGAAUUUGAUUACGAGAACUUAUGCCGGAAUCUGGAGACUCAAAUGGAGCACCUCACCGUGGAGAUUGAUAGGCAGCAAAAGUUUAGGGCAGACGACCAAAUGGUUAUGGAAAAAAAACUCAGAGAGUGUCAAAAGUCAUUUACGGAAGCUGAGAGAAGUAUAGUUUCCAGGUCCGAGUUUCUAGAGAAUGAAAAUAGUCGCCUGGUGUCAGAUAUUGAAAAUUUGUUGGAGGAGUUGAAUUGCCAGAAGCAGCAGAUCAAUUCAAUGAAGAAUGAGAAUUUGAAGCUAGAAUCAGAUUUGAAGAAUAGCAUGCUUCUGGAGAAGGAGAAUGGUCGUUUGAAAUUGGAGUUGGAAAACGUACUGAAAGAUUUCAACCGAGACAAAAAUCAUAACAAGUUGUUGCAGGAUGAGGUUGCACUCCUAGAAAUGAGUUUAAAGCAUAGCAAGCAACAACAAUUAGAGAAUUCAUCAUAUCAGAAAGUACUUGCUGAGAACAACCAAAUGUAUGAGAAGAAGAUAACUGAUCUGAUGAAGCAAUUACAAGAUGAGCGCGCUCACUCUGAAAGUGCUGAACAACAAUUAGAACUGAUGAAGGAAGAAUUAACUGGCCGUCAAGAAUUAAUGCAGCACCAUCAGAAGGAAGCAUCUAUAUACCACAAGGAACUUGCAGACACUACUCUGAUGUAUGAGGAGAAAAUAGCACAAUUAGAACAACAGCUAAAAGCUGAGCAUGCUCGUGUUGAAAAUGCGAAGGAACAACUACAUGCAAUUGAAGAACAAUUUACAGAUCAUGAAACCUCAAUGAAGAUUCAGAGGGAAAAGGAGUUGGAUGCGCUUAGAUCCAGAUUAGAAGAAAUGCAUCACCUUUAUGAGCCCACUGUGAAGGAACUUCAGACAUUAAAAACAGAAUAUCAGGUUCUGCUAUCAGAAAAGGUUCAGAGGGAAAAAGAGUCUGAUGCACUUAGAUCCAGAUUAGAAGAAAUGCAUCACCUGUAUGAGCCAACUGUGAAGGAACUUCAGACAUUAAAAACAGAAUAUCAAGUUCUACUAUCAGAAAAGAGAGAAUUGCAUGACGAACUUCACAACGUGAGGCAAACAUUACUAAUCGAGGAAAAGCAAAGGAAAGCUGCUGAAAAUGAGCUGUUUAAUAUAAAGAAGCUUGUGCCUGAGAGUGAAGAUGGCUUUGAGGAGAAGAAGCCAUAUAUGAAGCAAUAUACACCGAGUAGAUCAUUCAAUAUGCACAGAUCAACUGAAUCAAGAGAAAGGAUUUUUGCCCAUCAGAACACCAUGUCAAAGAUAAUUGAAGAAGUUGGUGUCCAGAAGAUAAUUUCUUUGCUGUCUUCAGUCGAUUUGGACGUCCAAAUUCAUGCUGUGAAAGUGGUAGCCAAUCUUGCAGCUGAAGACAGCAAUCAGGAAAAGAUUGUGCAGGAAGGUGGUUUAGAUGCACUUCUCAUGCUGCUACAGUCAUCCCAAAAUGCAACUAUACUCAGAGUAGCUUCCGGAGCUAUUGCCAAUUUGGCAAUGAAUGAAAUGAAUCAAGGAUUAAUAUCCAGUAAAGGAGGUGCUCAACUAUUAGCCAAUACAGCUGCCAAAACUGAAGACGCCCAAACUCUUCGAAUGGCAGCAGGAGCAAUUGCAAAUUUGUGUGGAAACGAAAAGUUACAUGUUACAUUGAGGGAAGAUGGAGCUGUCAAAGCCUUGUUAGAAAUGGCCAGAUCUGGAAAUAUUGAAGUCAUUGCGCAGGUUGCCAGAGGAUUGGCCAACUUUGCAAAGUGUGAAUCGCGAGGAACAAUUCAAGGACAUAGGAAAGGCCGUUCUACUCUUUUGGAAGAUGGUGUAUUGAGAUGGUUGAUAACCAACUCUAACAGUGCUUCUUCUUCCACUAGGCGCCACAUUGAACUUGCUCUCUGCCAUCUCGCACAAAAUGAGGGUAAUGCUAGAGAUUUCGUGUCGAGUGGAGCGUUGGAUGAAAUUGUACGAAUAUCAAAUGAAUCUUCACGAGAGGAUAUUCGCAAUUUGGCUAAGAAGACACUAAAGUUGAGCCCUAUGUUUCAAGCUCAGCUUUUGAAUCUACAGAAGUAGAGCAUUAUGAAGUAGCCUCUUUUACUAACGUGUAUUUACAAGUCUUGUAAGUAGCCCACAAAAUGUAAGUAAGAUAUCUUAUGAUAUAUAUUUGUAAAUUACGUACCGUUCUUAUACAUAUCACAUAUGCAUUAUAAUUUAUCAACGUUCCAAUUUGACUAGUGUGUCAAUAUGGAGGAAAGAAAAAAAAAAGUAUUCGUCCAUCCAGGAUUUGAACAUUAUGAGUCCGAGUUCCUAAAUUUAAUGCAAUCCAUUUGAUUUGCCGAGUUUGAAA